CAUAUAGGUUGCCCAAACCCUAGCCCCCUUAUUUUUCCACUUCCCGGCUCCCAAGCAGCCGCCACGCGCUGCUCCCUCUGUUCACCCCUCCCUCUCGUCUCGGUCUUUGCAGGGCCCUUUGCCGGCGACGAGCACCCACCUGGCAAGCUUAAAUGGCGACGGUUCCGGAUUCACUGGUCUGGGAGAUCGUGAGGAAGAAUAAUUCCUUCCUGGUCAAGCAGUUCGGGAACAGCAAUGCCAAGGUUCAGUUCAGCAAGGAGCCCAACAACCUCUACAAUGUCCACUCCUACAAGUACUCUGGCCUUGCCAACAAGAAGACCGUGACAGUGCAACCGGCCAGUGGCAAGGAGAUGGCGGUGGUCCUCUCCACAACCAAGACAAAGAAGCAGAACAAGCCUGCCAGCCUCUACCACAAGUCUGUCAUGCGCAAGGAAUUCCGCAAGAUGGCCAAGGCUGUCAAGAACCAGGUCGCUGACAACUACUACAGGCCUGAUCUUACCAAGCCAGCUCUUGCAAGGCUGAGCGCAGUGUACCGCAGCCUCCAGGUUGCCAAGUCUGGUGUCAAGAAGAAGAACAGGCAGGUGAACUAAGUCACAAGAACUUGUUAUGAUGGGUGGUGUUUAUGUUUCCAGGUUUCUAGAUUUGGAGUGUGAUGGUUGAUGUGCGUUCUUAGACUGCCACAAACUUUCAAAUUAGGUUCCACCUUGUACCCAUGACAUAAUUAAGCCUAUGAAUAUGGAAUAUCCUUUUAGUAAUUAUUGGCAUUCAGUGGUUGUGCUGAAUAUGGCAACUUUCUUGCUC